GAGCCUUUGAUUCCAUAGGCAAUCAUAGGCAGCAAUGUCUUUCAGUCUGUGUGUUCUAAGUACUUUGAUCCUUUGUAGCACUAGUCUAUAAUGUUGGUUAGCAAGUUACUCUCGGAACUGGACCUGUGUGCCAGUUUCUCUAAGCGGAUCUAACGUUAACUUGUUGACCCAAAAGUGAGAAGCAUCGGAGCGUUAGCUAGCUAAAGCGUGAUACUGAAACUAACUUGACGAUACGUUCGCCCUUCUGAAGACGAGUUGUACCGUUGUGGAACCUUAAGUCAUCACUUUGCUGUGGAACCUUAAGUCAUCACUUUGCUGUGGAACCUUAAGUCAUCACUUUGCUGUGGAACCUUAAGUCAUCACUUUGCUGUGGAACCGUCACAGUCUGCGUGCUCGGUUUAUUGCAUAACAGUAGCCACCAGCUCACUGCUCGUACUAGAGACCCAGAGAGGAGAGUUGAGUACAGCAGCAGCUAAACCAGGAUUGUUGAAAACUCAACCACACCGUCUAACUAUCUUCACAGUUUGUUGGCUGCACCUGAUCGUAGAAAAAUGAGUACUAGGAAAAGUGGUGGGAAGCCAAACAGAGGAGGAGGCAAGUUUAACAAGCCAAGAGGAGGAAGAGGAGGAGGAGGAGGGGGUGGUCGUGGAGGUGGAGGUGGAGGAGGAGGUGCCGGUGCAGGUGCCGGUAGGAAAGGAGGAGCCGGUGGAUGGGAUGAAUGCUAUGACGAUUUCAGCCUUGAUGUUGGACCUUCUCGUUCCAGCAGACCUAGCAAAGAACGAAGCAGUGACAGCCUUGCUCUUAGCAGGGAUGUAGGCAGAGGUAGAGGACGAAGGGAUCUAAACGGCAGAAGCGAUGGGAGAAGUAGAGGCUCUCCCAUAGGUCUCCCGGACUGCCUGUUGAGAAUCAGGUCCAGCCCAAAACAAGCUCCAGUUUAUGGUAACCUGUAUGAGGGGAACUCCAAGCCCUUGCAGAAGAUCUUCAUGACUAAUGAGAACCAAGACCAGCUCAAGGAGCUGCUGCCAUAUCUGCAGAGUCAGGACGUUUAUGAUGAAGAUGGUACAGAUUCGGGGGGAGAAAAGGAGGAAUAUGAUGAGUUGGAUCACCGUGAGGAAGGCCAGUUUUGGGCCACUAAUGAUGAGCCGGUGGAGAGAGCAGACAGUCCAUUGAAUGACACAGAGUCUGAUGAUGAACGACCUGCCCCAGAACCCGUCAUCUCUUUAUUUGCCAUAGGCAAACUCUGCAGGUUUGGGUUUGACAGGGAACGCAGUAAACUGGCUCUCGGACGUGGUGGGGGGGAGUUUGGGGCCACUUUGGAACAGCUCCUCCACCAGGUUUUCACUGAGCGUUACGGCCAGAAAGCAGUGUCUCCUGACAACCUUCAGGCAGUGCCUAUGGAUGAGUGUCUGACCCUGAGACAGGAGGAAGCUCAGGUUCUCGCUGCCAUUUUUGGUGACCGCUUCAGUGAGCGCAUUGCUAACACAGUGUGGACACUGAGCCUGGACCUCUCAUUCCUCCCAGUAAACAAUGGCAAGAAGCGUGAGAUUGCUGAUGGUGGAAAGCCUAUUAACAACCGUGAUGUCUGCAAAUUCUACUUGAAAGGGAAAGGCUGCCGCUUUGGAGACAAAUGCAAGUUCAAACACCAACUUCCUGACAAAGGGAGGUCUGGUUCACCAGACAUGACGGGCCCAAGCCAGCCUGGAUUCAGCAGCUAUUCUCCUCCUGAGUAUGAACUGGAAAUCCGUUUCCCCAAAGGAAAUCGUUACCCAUUUCAGGCACCGAUAGUCGCCUUCAGCACCAACAAUGAAUCUGUCGGAGCACCAGGUAGGCUCAGCGUGACCGAGAGAUUAUUUGAAGAGGCACUCUCAGCGGCAAAGAACAACGAGCCUGCUGUUUACAAUCUGACUACCUUGUGUGAAGAUGAAGCUACCAUGAAGGAGCUGCUGUCUGUCAGUCACCACAAAUACAGCUCUCCGCCGCCUGUUGUGUCGGUACCUCCCCCUUCUAUCCCCAUAGCUAAGGGUAUGAGUGUGAGGAGCAGUACAGCAGAGGAAAGCAGGAGUGGUAAUAUCAGUAGUACUGAUCACUCUCACAGCAGGACUGCUCCACCCAAAACCAAAAUACCCUUAGACUUGAAUAAGACACUGGAGGUAGAGGAUCUGGACGAGAGAGAGGAAAAUGAUGAAAACAAGUGCUACAUUAGUCAGCGGAAGAGAGUUGUGAUUAGGCACACUCAAAACUUUGACAAUGUACUGCAAGAAAACCGCAAGCUGUGUCGAGAGUUCCACAUGAAACAGGUAUGCAGGCGCUACAGGUCCAUGAAGGAGCAGAGGAUGAACCUGCCGGCUUGGCAAGAAGAAGAGAACAUCCUUGACAUUUUGGACCGGUGUCAGGUGCUGGUUGUCAGUGGGAUGACAGGGUGUGGUAAGACCACCCAGAUCCCUCAGUUUAUUCUGGACGCCUCAUUGAGGGGUUCAGCUGAUCAGGUGGCCAACAUUAUCUGUACCCAACCACGCCGUAUUUCUGCCAUCUCUGUGGCUCAGAGAGUGGCAGAGGAGCGUGCAGAGAAACUGGGUAACUCCGUGGGAUAUCAGAUCCGUCUGGAGAGCGCCAGGACGUCUGCCACCAGACUCCUGUACUGCACUACAGGCGUGUUACUGAGGAGACUCGAGGGAGAGGCAGACCUCAAAGGAGUCACACACGUCAUUGUGGAUGAGGUGCACGAGCGCACAGAGGAGAGUGACUUCCUGCUGUUGGUGCUCAAAGACCUGAUUGUUCAGAGACCAGACUUGAAGAUCAUUCUCAUGAGUGCUACACUUAAUGCCAACCUCUUUUCUGAAUAUUUUAACAACUGUCCCUCCAUCCAUAUACCAGGGCGAACUUAUCCUGUCGACCAGUUUUUUCUGGAAGACGCCCUGGCUAAAACUGGUUAUGUCAUGGAGGAUGGCAGCCCUUACAUGCGUUCAAAGAAACACAAAAUGUCUUUUAUGGGUGAGCGAAGCAAUGUAGAGCCAAGGGACAUGGUGGACGACUUGGGUGACGACAUGUGGAACUUCGCGGAUUUCUGCAAUAAGGACUUUGUCAAUGACAGGAUCCCAGACCAGCAGCUCAGCCUGCAGGACCUCACAAUCAGAUACAAAGAUGUUGAGAAGUCUGUGCUGAGGACCAUUUCUGCAAUGGACCUGGACAAGAUAAACAUGGACCUGGUGGAGAGUCUGCUGGAGUGGAUUGUAGCUGGAAAACACGACUACCCUCCUGGUGCAGUGUUGGUGUUCUUGCCAGGCCUUGCUGAGAUCAAGAUGCUCUAUGAACAGCUCCAGGCCAACAGAAUGUUCAACAACAGAGGGACAAGCAGGUGUGUGGUGUACCCACUCCACUCAUCCUUGUCCAACGAGGAGCAGGAGGCAGUUUUCAGUCGGCCACCAGAGGGCACCACAAAGAUUAUCAUCUCCACCAACAUCGCAGAGACCUCUGUUACCAUUGACGACGUGGUUUAUGUGAUUGACUGUGGCAAGAUGAAGGAGAAAAGGUACGAUGCAUCGAAAGGCAUGGAGAGCCUGGAGGACUCAUGGGUUUCACAGGCCAACGCGCUGCAGAGGAAGGGUCGAGCGGGUCGUGUGGCCUCAGGAGUCUGCUUCCACCUCUUCACCAGUCACUGCUUCCAACACCAGCUGGCGGAGCAACAGCUGCCGGAGAUCCAGAGAGUGCCUCUGGAGCAGCUCUCCCUCAGGAUCAAAAUCCUGGACUUGUUUGCCGAGAGGACUUUGGAGUCGGUCUUCUCUCGGCUCAUCGAACCCCCGUCAAUGGAAAGCUUGGAUGCAGCCAAGCAGCGCCUGCAGAACCUGGGAGCUCUAACUGAAGACCAGAUGCUGACCCCGCUGGGCUACCACCUGGCCUGCCUGCCUGUUGACGUGCGCAUCGGGAAACUGAUGCUAUUUGGCGCCAUCUUCCACUGCCUCGACCCGGCACUCACCAUUGCUGCCAGCCUGGCCUCCAAAUCACCUUUUAUGUCUCCAUGGAAUAAGCGAGAGGAAGCCAAUGAGAAGAAAUUGGCCUUUGCCAAGAACAACAGCGACCAUCUUGCAUUGUUACAAGCAUAUAAGGGAUGGUGCUGUGCUGCAAAAAGGAGUAAAAAGGCCGGCUUUGCUUACUGCAAGGAAAACUUCCUGUCAUGGCGAGGCUUACAGGAGAUCGCCAGUCUGAAGAGGCAGUUUGCUGAGCUGCUAUCUGACAUCGGCUUCAUCAAGGGGGGACUGAGGGCCAGGGUGAUAGAGCGCAUGUCCUCUUAUGGCACUGACGGUGUUCUAGAUGCUACAGGCUCUGAGGCUAACCUGAACUCAGAAAACCAUCACCUGAUAACUGCCAUGCUGUGUGCAGCCCUCUAUCCCAACGUGGUCCAGGUACAAGCUCCUCAAGGAAACUACAUGAAGACCAGCACAGGAGCGAUGGAGAUGCAGCCUAAAGCCAGCGAGCUUCGCUUAAUGACCAAGAACGAUGGCUGCGUUCACAUGCACCCCUCGUCCAUCAACUACACUGUUCGUCACUACGACAGCCCCUUCCUGGUUUACCACGAGAAGGUGAAAACAAGCCGUGUCUUCAUCAGGGACUGCAGCAUGGUGUCUGCUUACGCGCUGGUGUUGUUUGGAGGAGGUCAGGUCAACAUGGAGGUGCACAAGGGAGAGUGCAUCAUCUCCCUGGACGACGGAUGGAUCCGAUUUGGUGCCACUUCUUUUACGGUGGCUGAGUUGGUGAAGGAGCUGCGCGUCGAGCUGGACCAGCUGCUUGAGGACAAGAUCAGGAAACCAAACAUGGACCUGUUCAACUGCCCCCGCAGCUCCCGCAUCAUCCAAAUGAUCGUCAACCUCAUCACCCCACAAUAGCUCCCCUCUUCAUUAGACCUUUUUUGUCGACUUCAAGGGCUGAAAUGCAUCAAGUUCCAACUUCUUUUUGUUUACAACCUUUUGACCACUGAAAUAUAAUAUAAUUUCACCCUGAAAACAUUAAACCAUUUUCUUUGUAUUUUUGGGAGACAGAUAUUUAACUUAAGUAAAAGUAUUACACUGACUUUUUUACUUGAGUUAAAGUACCAGCCGAGUGAACCCUUUUCCCUAAUGUAACAUCAUCAUGGAUAAGCCUCGGCUGUGUUUCUGCACCAUUGAUGCUGGUGCUGCAGAAGGCGGGGUCUAAUGUUACCUGCCCAAUCAGAUUGGUCACUUUCUUAUCGAUAUUGAUACUUUUAAAUAAGGAAAAGACAAGUAAUGCAAUGGAUUGUACAUCUAUAGUUGGGUUGAAAGUACAGAUAUUUGCUGACAGGGGAUCAACAGUGAAAAGUACUUAAAUCUACUCAAGUAAAGUACACAUGCAUUAUUAAUACAUACAUACAUCAUGUGCAAAAAAAGUACUUAAGUUAAGUAACUAUUGGAGAACUGGCAGGAAGGAUGGUUCUUACUUUAGUUAAUACAAUUUCAGUACCACUGAACUGCUCUACUGGUGUGACAGUCACCACUUUAUUUUCCACCAUUAUCAGUUUACACAAAGACUUUAUUGUGAUGCUGCACCAGAGGCUUUUUUAAACAAAAAAAACUGGUCUUUAAUACCAACUACUGCUUGCGCAGUAAAUCGACACUUUGAUUGUGAAAUUCGAAGUCAGACAAACUGAAUAUUUAUUGUAGGCUGU